AUUUUCUGUCUAAAAGUUCACCUCCAUGGUAGAAUGCCUGAGCACGUUUUCAUAUACGAAUCUUCUUCAUUCACUGUGGGUGCCAAGGAGCCGUAGACAAUUGAUGAAAGAGAGUUGAGUCUCCCUCUGUCUAGCUUUCCUGAAGGAGUUAUUAGCCACUGCGUACAUUUAUAAGCGCCAUGACUUACAUCUGACUUCACGAGGAAAACUUAAAGAACGUGAAGAAGCUGCCGACAGCUAAGACAGAGUCAUCUACUUACAGGGGUAUGGAUGUUUGACCAGAAUCAGCUGGACCGGUUUGAAUUUCGUAAGAUUCGGAUAAUACAUAAAUGUAAGGCCGCAUUGGAGGAUGAUGGGCCAUGAAAGCGUUGCUUGAAAUGUAUAGGUGAUAAUUACAAAUCACGUAAGAACCGCCGAAUCUUUACGGUCCCCAAUCGCAAAUUCGUUCUUUUCCAUGAGGUGCAUCCGAUGCGGAUAAAAGUCAAAUCACUUUCCGCUUUUCGGCUAUCAAUGCCAUGACCGGUGUUUUACUUUGCUCCACUUUUCCACUAUAGAUGCGAUGACUCGAGUAAUAACUUAGAAGUAACAAACAAUUUAAAUUAUGAAUCCGGAGACAGAGGGGGCGUUCACCCAGUCGGUCCUUAUCUGUUGCUAUUACAUGCUGCCGAGCUGAUUGUUGCUAAUCCUUACACUCGUGACACAUCAGCUGUAGACAGAGCUCGUGGUAGCUACACCAGUGACACCCCGGGCUCUAGCAUCUUCGGAUGUCUGAGCUGUAUGGCGGAAGAACGGGAUGCGAUUAUUUUCUACCUUUCGGCAAGUCGCGAAGGAAAAGCAAUUUCGUCCAUCUAAUGCGAAGCGGAGUAGUUUCUUGAAAUGAUUGCAAAAGGUUGUGUGCUCCGUGCACAAGACCAAAUCGCAAGGAACUCUGCACUGACUUACGGAUCAUGACGCCAAUAGUAUCGCCACGUCAGGCCCAAAGACAGACGAACGACCAUGUUCCUCUGUGCGAAGCAAACCCCAUCGUACCCAUGUUCUCCUGCGUCAACGGCCUUUACCUCGAAAGCGGUCGUUCACUUGAAAGGUGAAUAUGGUUACGCGAGGGCCCGCGCUUUCUGUCGUCGAGGGCAAUCAAUUCUCCACAUCUUCGGCUCCCUGGCUGACUGACUGACUGACUGACUGACUUCGCUUCAGACUCGGCUUUUGCUCGAGCAAUGUUGCGUUUCCUGGGUCGCGCAGAUUGUGUUAUUCGGUGCCCCACCGUCGCAUGAUUCGGAGCACCCUCUUCAGCAUUCCCGUGCUGAUUGCAAAUGCUGCCUUCCUCGUCCUCCUCCCCCGCUCGCUAGCGCGCAGGCAGCUUCCCGGCGCCGAGCGCAACGUUCAUCAUCAUCAUCAUCAUCUUGAUGAUUCACGAGCGCGACGCGAGUGGCGCGGGGCCGCCGCCGGCUUUCGUUGGCCUCGUGGCAUCUGGGCUCCGCGCCACUUCCAUUAAUGGACCGUUAGUGGAUCCCCUUGUCCACGUCGUCCGUCCGAUGAUCCCCCGAGAGCUCGCGCCUGCCCCACUCCCCUCCCUCCAUCCAUCCAUCCAUCCAUCCAUCCCGUAUCGGAAUCCAAUUGUGCAAAAGUCCGAUGGACGGAUGGAUUGGUUAAAAAACAUGCGUGAGUCGUCUCCGGAGCCUCGGUUCAGUUUCGGGGCGAAUUUACCUUUUCGUGCGGGACAAUCUUAUUCGCAGGUUGUAGAGGCCUCAUUAGGUCUCGUCGCAUUACGAGCCUUCAGACAUUUCCAUUUAAUCCGAGGGGUCUUCCCCAUGGGCGAAAUAAUAAUUCCCAGAGCUCGAUCAACCUUUAGACUGACGGAGCUAGGCUGGAGUCCGCCCUCGCGGUUUGGGAUGGCCUUAGGAGUAGCCUUAUUAUAUUUCAUGACAAAAGCGAGGAAAAAGUCUGGUCGCCGGUCGAUGGAGGAGUCAAAGGUCGGACCGAAACGAAACUAAAGGGAAAAACUGCUCCUACCGGCUGCUGCGAGUGGGGUAGAGCACGCAGUGCACCGUCGCCCGGUCUCGACCAUUUUCGGGUUGCGGUCGCCAUUUACUGCUUUUGACCCUCGAAAAAAUCGAUGUUUAUUUGUUGUGGAGAUAUGGUACCGGAGAUUAAUUGCCACGGGAUAAAGGGUGGUGCGGACUGGGCUUAUCUGCUCGAUCGGUAAUUGUGCUGCCCGCCGGAGACAUGACCUGACCACGGUCAGGCGCUCGGGGAAAUCCAACCCCUCGCCGGCUCGGUAAUCUAACCCUCAUCAAUGCUAAUCCCGGCCUCCAUCCGUCCGAUUCCGUCGUUCGGAACUCAGAGGUACAGUACAGGCCUCGACAUGUAUGUCGUUGUCGGCCUGCCCUGCCCUGCCAUGCCAUAGUAUGUAUGCCAUGGCCGCCGAGUGAUUUCUUGCGGCUGCGAUGCGGAUCCAUGCAGAUCGGACUGGCGAGCUCGUGACCGGGGCUGGUCGCCACUAUCGGCCAUGUGACCGCUCCGGCCGUGACUCAGCGGCAGGAGCAGGCGGUCAGGCGGUCAGUCGGUGGCUGCUGGCUUUGUUCCUUAUUAUCCACAUUCUCAGACUGUCGUGGGCGAUGGCCGUCGAGGUCGUCGUCGUCGUCGCUGCUGCUGCUGCUGCUGCUGUGGGGGUGCAUGCGAAUCGAGCGUACGGGCUCGCAAGUGGGCGGAGAUUUUGCAUGCCCUGCCGCAUGUACCCCGAUGCAUGAAUCCUGUGCCGGUACAACUCGUCGACGGUUCUCUGUCAUGCAAAUCGAUCCACUGUUCGCUCGCUACUGCUUUUGCUGCUCGCCAUGGUCAAACAAAACUGCUGCCAUUGCGCUUGUUCUUCGACAUGCCAGCUCUUUCACAUGCUGUCGGUCUUCGUCAUGCUGUCCUGGGCCUUGCGCUCUCAUAACGGUGCCCAGCCCGGGCGGAAUUCGUCCGCUCGUAGAUAGAAUAGAUUCAUGGAGACUACGACGGGAUCAUCUCCCUCUGCACUCGCUCUGUUGAGUGAGUGAGUUCGUACGGCGGUUCAGGACCAAAACAUGUUGCUUACUCCGCGAGCUCGAAUUUAAUAAGAGUUUGUCGAACGACAGGCGAGAAUGCCGGGAGUCGCCGUCAGUUCACCUCAUUCCACUCCACCUCCGCGGGACAGCAUCGAGCUACGUCCAGGUCGUCCCGAAUGCAAGGGAGGUGCAUGUGGGUCGGGAGACGACAUCUCUCUCACACUCAAUCUCUCUCUUGACAGGUGGUGGGAGAUGUAUCAUCGGCCCCUGCUCGGCGAGAUUGCGGCUAUGGCCUUUGCGCAAGGCACGCGCAGUGAGCGGCUUGCAUCGCAGUGCAUGUUUUGUUGAACGAGGAAAUAUUCGCGCAAUCUCUCGCAACUGAACUGUCAAAUGAAAUUCGAG